UCGAAGCCCUGUCGUCUAUUUCGUCUUUUCCUGUGCUAAACAUUCUCGGAUUUGUCCCAAGCGGAUGAUGUAGCUGUUCUCCAUCAAGAUGGAUCCGAUAAAUGUCGCGACCUCCCUAGUGGGACUCUUGGGCUCGGCGGGAAGAGUUGUCGUUCUCCUUUUGGCAGUGAAGAAGAGCAUUGGCGAAGCGCCACGGAUGAUGGAUCAAAUGGUUUCCCAAGUCAGAGAGCUUGAGAUAUGUCUUUCGGCGGUACAAUCUUUCCUUCUUGGAAUAAACUCAGCGCCAAGAAGACGCAUAUCCAUGAUCCGAGUCGAACAGCUUGUUGCGAUCUUAACCGAAGCUGUACUGACCUUCUCUGAACUUGAGGUUCUGGUUACAUCAAUUGCAAAAGACAAGGGAAGACUGCCAAUUACCUCACGCUUGACGACUCUUUGGAAAGAAGAUGUAGUAACUAGUAUUAUGCUACGACUGGAACGUCACAAAUCCUCCUUGUCUCUGAUGUUGAACAUCGCUCAAUGCGAGUCAGAUUUAGAAGCGGAACAAUCUCGAGAGACACUCCAAAGUCUUGUCGAACAGCUUUUGCGAAGUAAUCACGACAUCUCAUUACGACUACAGAGUAUUGAGGAGAAUUUUGAGACCGGAAGUGUGAUUACGUAUUGUUUCAGAAAUGGCAGCAUGCCAAACUUUCCAGAGGGAGAAACACACACUGAGCAAUCCUCUCAAUUAGAGUUUAGCACGGUGGAAAAUGUUUCUCAUGGAUCUAAUUUGCCAACUGAAGGUUGUGCAGGAUAUCGAACCGGAUUUGAAGUCGACCUCGGAACCUCCAGAGUAUAUAGAAGAACAGAACGAUUCAAGUCGGACGUAUCAUUCACGAGUUCUGCCGUAAGAAGCCACGCGUGGUCGAUAUUUACUGGAUUGAGUUUAUCCGAGGUCUCUACGUUAUCAGCGAUCGCUCUGCCCUUAUAUCUAAAUGAGAUAUACAACAACAAAUGAGAGUCUUCUACUUCACGUAUCCCCUCAUACGACCCCCCGGUUCGCGGCAUCGUCGACCAGCAUCCGAUUAUACUUGAGGCAUGUAUUACCACGGCCGAGGUUACGAUAUUACAAGCACAACUGUUUCCUGCGGAGACGAAUACAAACCCAGAGGGACCACCCGUGUCAAUUCCCAAUUCUGAUACAUACUUCCCGCGCGUAACUGAGACAAAAGCCGAGGAAGGAAAAAAUAGGACGACGGAACACAAUUUGAUUGCUUCU